AUGCAAAAAACUCAUAUUGAACCCGCCGUGUUCUAUCAAUGGACAGCAAAGGCCAUCAUUGCACUCUCUGCCGUCCGCAGCAGAAGAAAUGCCAAGCAAUUGGACAGAGAAAGCGGACUUCUGGAGCAGAUUCGUGACAAUUUAUCCUUAGCAAUGGCUGAUUGCCGUGAAGAGACUCCUCCGAUCAAGAUUCCUAAAUCUUACUAUCAUCAGGCCUAUAAUAAAUUAUGCCAACAUCCCUUUGUGAAGCUGCCUUCGUCUUGUAAUUCGGCAAAUGAACUCUUUUUUCGCAUUGGUAUCAGUUCCUUUUUGAAUCGGCUAUCCCAGGCCAGUGAUGAAGAGAUGGAAGCUCUGGCUAGUCAUGACAAUCUCGAUGAUCUUGUCUUACAUUUAUUUAAGAUUAUGUCUUCUCAUUACUUUUCAGUUGAAUUUACAUCUAUCAAAUUCCUCAUACAAUCUUCACAAUGGCUCUUUUACACGUUGGCUGAAUGUGCAGAUGAAGAAUUGGAAGAUCCUGAAAAUAUUUCUCUUUACCGGUAUCUAUGUUUUUUAGCUGAAUGCUGGCCUAUAUAUGAAAAAAACUGCACUCUCAGUAGGCAUUUAUUUUUGCUAGGCGACUUCUCUCUUAUUAGUUACAUUAAAUUUAUGUGCGGUGUUUUUAAUUUUGCAAAUUAUGAUGCUUUUAUUUCGGAAGUUGAAAAUUUGCUCCCAGAAAACGUUCCCUUGGCCGCUAUUUCAGAUAUACAAAUUUCCAAGUAUCGUGCUGCCAAUGAUAAAACAGGAAUGAAGCUUGAAGACUUUUCUGAUCGCUUUGCUUACGAAGCUUUCGUGGAGAGAGAAUGUGUUUAUGCUGAAAAUGUAACAAGUAGGAUCUUUGAUAAUUAUCCAGACUUGGCUGGUUUGUUUGGUGAAUCACACUUGUCAGAGAAGGAUAAUACUAUACUGACCACCAUUCAAAAAUCCAAUCUUUAUUGUUUACGUCCUGAUGAUUGUACCAUAUAUCUCUAUCGUCUUAUAGAGUCUUGUUUUGAUUACUGUCACAAUGAAGGUAGUGAUUUUACUACUAAUGUCUUAUGGAGUGUAAUACGAAGUUUUGUCAAUGCAUGGCGCAUACACCCUGGAACUUGUUGUUGUAUUGUUCUAGAUGUUCUUCGGAAGUUUAUUGAAAAGAACAAAUUAAAGUUUUCUCAGAUGCGCGACCUCUUUCACGCAAUUUUUGUUUUUGCUCGUGAUUGUGAUUAUUCUACUUGGACCGUUUGUGAUUCUCAGCAAUAUUCUGAACUAUUAUAUUACUAUCACCGAAAAGCGCUAGACGAGUUGAUAGAAACUCUUGGCUUUUUACCUCGUUCGUCUGAAGAGUCACGGCUUAUACUGGAUAUCAUGAACAAUUACAUAUUCUGCAACCCUUUGUUCAAUAUUAAUCCGAAUGAGUUGAAUGAUGCUUACAACAAUUUCUUUUCUAGCCUUCGAUUGAAAUUCUCUGAAUUUUAUAAUAAACUUGUGAGCCAGGAGUUAUCAGGAGAUCCGGAGACAGAUUUGGUAGGAUUACGAGUAGUUGGUAUGCAAUUACAAGCUACACACGAAACUCUUAAAGCUAAUUUCAAAACGAAAAUCUUUAAUCAAUUGCUAGUCGCGGAUGUUUUUGCUGAAGUUACCCUCGAUCUAUAUUUUCAAAAGUUACCAACUUUAAUGAAGAAUUACGUUGACAUUCCUUCUUCUGAGAUAUCGGAAACUAGUAUCGACCGAAUCAACUCUCUCUACAAGCAAUCACGAGAUAUAGUAACGAGCAUGAACAAAUCCUCUCUCCGUUAUCCUGAGUUCUAUCGCUGUUUCAGUGUUGAAUUUGUUUAUCGAAACUUAAGUAUCAUCAUCGAAAAGGCUACGAAGAGUGUUGUACCGAUUAUAGUGCAGGAAUCUUUCCUUCCACAGCAAGCAAGAUUUUGCUCAGAAUCGUCAAAGACGAUACUGGAUCCACUCCAACAAUCCAUUGAUUUCUUACAAAAGAUUGAUUGGCCGGAUGAUGGAGAAGUGUAUAAGUUUUACGUUCAUAUUGGCAAAUUAAUUGAGAAACUAAUUCAUCAUUAUGUGAAUUGUCUUCAAAUCUUGUACUUUGCAAAUCUUGACGAAAAUAUAUUUAAUCCUACGAAAGGUCAACAUUAUGAAGGGAUCCCGGUGGAUAAGCUCAAGGAAAAAGCCAACAGUCUACAUAAGCAUUACGAUAAACAGAUUUCAUUUCAAGUGUACGAAGAAUCCUUGACUCUUGUGAACACCGUGCGAUUGGUGAAAGACUGGAUGGUUGUGUUGAACCAACGUCUGGAUCACAAAGUUAUAGAGGAAAAGUCUUUACCGUAUAAACAUAAGAAGUCAAUGAAAUGCAAACUUGUGUUUUCAGUUUUAGCGGCUCAUAUAAUUGUCCCUAUGGAUGCGCCUCUUGAAUUUUAUGUUGUGCUUCAAGAUGAAAAAUCGGAAUUUUCAAAGCAAACCAUUUCUGUUCGUGAUGCUAUUUUGCCAACGUGGAAGGAAAUGAUGGAAUUGGUAAUCGAAGGGCGAAAACGAUAUAAAUUAACGCUUUUCCAAAGGAAUUACGAAACUGGUUCAAAGGAAAUAUACGGCCAUGUAACCGUGGAAAUUGAUCCUGAAAAAUUUAAGAAAGACCAUGAAAAGACUCUAUGGGUCGAUUUGAAUGAGGGUGGAAAAGUUUUGCUCAAACAACAAUUACUUAUAAUACGAGAAAGCCCUGGCUUUUAUUAUUCGAGUUUGGUCGAUUUCCUUUCCGUUUCUGAAGAGAAAAUGUUAAAUGCAAUGAGUUCAGAGUUAAUCAUAUUCAUCCGAGGAUUUAUGGAACGUGGAGGUUUAUUCAAGCUUGUUCGAUAUUUGAAAGAAGAAGGAGAACCGGGACACCCAGCUCCAGAAGAUGGCUCAGAUUUAAAAGCUUUGGCAGAAAGAGAACAACAAGCUCUACUUGCUGAAAUGGACGAAGUGUUUUACUGGUUUUAUGUCAACAUGUUGCCUAAAUCAUUAUUUAUUCUAUUAUCACGGCUAUGGUUCAAUAUUCUAGAAAUCAUCAGGGAUAUUCUGAUUCCUGUAACUUCAAAGUCACCAACGUUGCAAAGGAUACCGUUAAACCGAAAAGAACUUCGGAUUGUUUAUUCAUGGCUGAGUUUAUUUUAUGAGUUCUUCCAAAACUUUCGGGAUAUUAUUCCUGUCGAUUUUCUCAACACGGAUGAGUACAAGAGUGUAAAGUCCCUAAAGGAGUAUUACUUUGUGAAAGGCCGUGGAAUGGGUGACGAUGAUGAUGAUGAUGAUGAUGACGAUGACAUGUAG